GGAAAUAAAGUGGCUCAUUAAAUCAUUUGAAAAAGUAAAAUCAAGUGACUUAAACAUUAAAAUAAGAAGUUUUUGUACUGCAAUUGCAAAAGUCAAUAAAUUGUCUGGAACUAGUGAGUUCAUCUUUUAUGCUUUUCCCUUGACUUAUCUCCCUUGGGUAAAAUCUCCACUCCAAGAUGUCAGCUUCCAGUGAUGGUUUGACAGAUGACAUUUGUAGUGAAGUUUGUGACUUUUCCUAUCUUGGAGGAGCAUGUGGGAUAUCCCAGCACUAUUCAUCUACAUCUAAUACACUUCUUAAAGUAUCUGAAUGCACCAAACCCACUACUAUUCAUCUCAAACGUCUGAAUAGUAGUGCGAACUGUGAAUUUCCAGAAGGUCUUCUUAUCCUGUAUAGGAGUGGUAUUUUUUCAAUAGAUGUAACAUCAACUCGGCUAAUCACAUGUACUAAGCACAGGGACUUUUAUGGUAUCCAUUGGAGAAAUAAUCGUGCACGAUGUCAACAUCCAGACCACGCCUCUUCCAGCAAAGCCAAGGCUGACCGAGGAUCUUCACCUUUGUUGUGCAAGCAUAACUGGCUGUAUACUCGACAAGUUAUUCCCGUAGGAACAGGGCUGUGCAAACAAUGCUCAAUAAAGAUGAAGAAUUUUGUAAUAAGUGACAAGACUCAGGUCAAACUAAAUAUAGAAGAAGAUGUUGAAUUGUUUGAGAGAUUGUGUGGGCGCAUUGUAGGUAUCCAUGAAGAUAAGGAAGAUACAGAUUUAGAUCUAGACUCACAGUUAACCUUUUUGUCGACAACAACGUUAACUGACCUUUCACAGCAGUCAACAUCAGAUUGGGAGGCUGAUAAUGCUUCUGAAAGAGACAAAUUCAACAGGGCUAUGAAUAUUCUCGGCAAUGGAAAGUUUCCCACUUUAAAACAUCAAUUAAACCUUCCAUGGGAUGAUGUCUCAAAAAGUACAAAGGCAAUGUAUUUGAAGUUUACCUCUGAUAUUGUUAAUUUGAUCAUUCAAUAUAUUGCACCAGGGCAAGAAAACAAAAUUAUGGCAGACUUAAGUGAGAAAUACAUGUAUCUCAAUGAUGACAAUCAGACAACACAUGAUGACAUGACAAAAGCACUCAUACAAGCAUAUUUGGACCAAAAUAACAGUCAAACUCAAAUUCAGAUUCUUUCCUUGUUUGUGCAAAAAUUUACCAAACAGAAGCUAAUUGAAUUAAUUCCAGGACUUACUAUGUCAAAAAUUGAUAGAGCUAGGAAACAUGCUAAUUUGGAAAAACCUGGACAAAUGAUAAAUUCCCCAAGGAUAUACAGAAUGCGAUUAAGUCAUCCUCAACUCAUGCAUUUUAUUGAGUUUAUUUCUAGCCCAACUUACCAUCAAGCAGUUGGAUAUGGAUCAAAAACUCUACAGCUUUCAUCUUGUGUGGAAAUGAAAAUUCCAAGGUAGUUCGAAGCAUUAUUUCAUCAAGACUCAUAAAGGCAUACAUGGCUUACUGUAAAGACCAAGAUUAUGAUACAUUUUCAAGAUCAACAUUAUUUAACAUUCUUAAUGCCUGUAUUGCCUCUCAGAAAAAAAUCUACAUGGCUUAGACAACACCACAGCCGAUGGUAUGAAAGCAAUGGAAACAUUGACUGAUGUGAUCAGUUGUUUGGACUA